UAACCUAGAACAAUCCCUUCAAAUAUUCAAUCUUUUUUUACUCACAAUAACAAAAAACCAAAAAACUAGGUUUCACCGUUUUUUCACUUCUUUCAUUCGUCUCUAUCUCUAUCUCUAUAAUUUACAAUCACAAUCAAUCAAUCAAAUUAAAAUCAUUAUAAUUUCAUUGACGAUUGACGACACAAACCUUAUUUCUCACUACCUUGUAAAACAACAAAACUAACCUCUUUCUUGAUCCUCUUCAAAACCCUUUUCUUUAAUCUUCUAAAAAUCUUUUUUUUUUUCAUCUGGGUCGUUCUUUGAAUCGUGAAAAGAUUUGAUUUUUAGCGUUGAUUUGAUUCAAACUCGUUGUUUCUUGAUCUGGGUCGGUUUGAUAAUGAGGAAAAGAGAGAGGGAAAACCCUUGUGGGGUAUGUGGGCACUAUCACAAAGUUGAAGAAGGUGAAGUGUGUGGGAUUUGUGGUCAUAGUGUUCCGAUUGGAUCGGAGAAAACUUCGUUGCAAGUUAGUGCUUUUCCUUCUGUGAUCUUGCCGGAGUUUCUUUACUUGGGAAGCUAUGAUAAUGCUUCACGGUCUGAGCUUCUCAAAACUCAGGGGAUUUCACGUAUCCUCAAUACUGUCCCUUCUUGUCAAAAUCUCUACAAGAACUCAUUUACCUAUCACUGCCUCCCAGAUGACAAAAGUUUCCAAUUUGAGGAAGCAAACCAGUUUCUGGAGCAAUGUGAGAGGGACAAGGAGCGUGUUCUGGUUCAUUGCAUGUCAGGAAAGAGUAGGUCCCCAGCUGUUGUGAUUGGCUACCUGAUGAAGUCUAGAGGAUGGAGACUAACACAGAGUUAUCAGUGGGUAAAGGAACGUAGACCUGCCGUUGAAUUGUCUGAAGGUGCCCACCAGCAACUACAGGAGUACGAAAAAAAGCUAUUUGGAUCAGUGGGAAGCAGUCUGCAGCUGCCUGUUGUUUUCUCACCUGCAGCAGGGCCACAUCUUAGCUUUGGCUUCCCAAAGACAAAUGAUAUAGCUCCACUUCCUGCCUUCGGCUGCACUACAACUCCUUCAAUUUUCUCCCGAGCACCCUCUGACAUAGCUCCUACCAAUUUCACAUUCGGUGCCGGUCAGAAUGUCACUGGAAAUAGUCCUUUUAAUACAAAUCCAUCUAAUCCUAAUGUUACUGAUAUUCAGAUGGAUGGAUCUUGAUUCUCUAACCAGCAGCAACACCUAUGUGUGAUUAAGCUACUUGACGAUUUUUGGCUUUGUGUUAAGGUACACCAAGUUUGCCAUGUUUCAUGUCAAGGUGCUAUAAUCAUAAGUGGAACUUGUCAAUUCUAUAGUUCUUUUUCUCAUUUUCAUUUCAAAUAUUUUCUUAGUUGUCAAUCACUAUGGUUGUAGUAUUGAGUACAGCAUCUUUUAGUGGGGCAUUGUGCACUAAACAUUAUCCAGUUCUUUUAUGCUACAAAUUCUAUUAUAAAAGUAUACAAAAUUAGAUCA